CUUAUGGGAAUGAAGCACUCUUCCCGCUGUCUGCUCCUCCGGAGGAAGAUGGCGGAGAACGCGGCCGAGAACCUCGAGGUCAGCAAUGGCCCGUCACAGCCCGCCCCACCCACCCAGCCCGUCACGGCCUCCAAGCAGACCCCCGGGACCCGCCACGUGUCCACGCAGCCCUCCUGCCCGGGCCGGGGAAAGCUGUCCAAGUUGCUGAACCCGGAGGAGAUGACAUCCAGAGACUACUACUUCGACUCGUAUGCACACUUUGGCAUCCACGAGGAGAUGCUGAAGGAUGAAGUGCGCACGCUCACAUACCGGAACGCCAUGUACCACAACAAGCACGUGUUUAAGGAUAAGGUGGUGCUGGACGUGGGCAGUGGCACUGGCAUCCUGUCCAUGUUCGCUGCCAAAGCCGGAGCCAAGAAGGUGUAUGGGAUCGAGUGCUCAAGCAUUUCAGACUACUCGGAAAAAAUCAUCAAGGCCAACCAGCUGGACAACACAAUCAGCAUCUUGAAGGGGAAGGUGGAGGAGGUGGAGCUGCCCGUGGACCAGGUGGACAUCAUCAUCAGCGAAUGGAUGGGGUACUGCCUCUUCUAUGAGUCCAUGCUCCACACCGUCAUCUUCGCCCGGGACAAGUGGCUGAAACCCGGUGGGCUGAUGUUCCCAGAUCGGGCUGCAUUGUAUGUGACAGCCAUUGAAGACCGGCAGUACAAAGACUUCAAAAUUCACUGGUGGGAGAACGUGUACGGUUUCGACAUGACCUGCAUCCGCGAUGUGGCCAUGAAGGAGCCUUUGGUGGACAUCGUCGACUCAAAGCAAGUGGUGACCAACGCCUGCCUGAUAAAGGAAGUGGAUAUUUACACGGUGAAGAUUGAAGAGCUGUCAUUCUCCUCCGCGUUCUGCCUCCAGAUUCAGCGCAAUGACUACAUCCACGCUCUGGUCACCUACUUCAAUAUUGAGUUUACCAAGUGCCACAAGAAAAUUGGGUUUUCCACAGCUCCGGAUGCACCGUACACGCACUGGAAGCAAACCGUCUUCUACUUGGAAGAUUACCUCACGGUGAGGAGGGGCGAGGAGGUCUAUGGAACUAUAUCAAUGAAGCCAAAUGCAAAAAACGUGCGGGACCUGGACUUCACGGUGGACUUGGAUUUCAAGGGCGAGCUGUGCGAGACGUCUGUGUCUAACGACUACAGAAUGCGCUAGCAGCCCCCCUGGGGGGGCGUCGGGAGAGAAGACCCCGGCCCGCGGCGGACUGCGGCCCGCGGAAUGACGGCAGGAGGGAGGCCGGCUCGGCGGGACUGGCGCUGGGUCGCGGUGGCGGGGGCCGGCCCGGCCCGUCCCGCCCUCGGGGCUGGGCCCCCCACCUCCGGACGCCCCGGGGGGCCCCGUCGCCGGCCUCGACAGCGCGGGGGAGGGGGGCUCGGGCCGCGGACCCCUGGGGCGCUGGGCUAAGAACUGUGACACUUUGGAGCUGUCCCACAUUCUGCAUGUCGGGAGCAGUCACGGCCGACGGCCAACAGGAGAGCCCUGGCGGCCUAACAAACCUCAGCCGGUUCUCCCUGUGCCUGUGUGCGGCGGGCCUGCGGGGCCCCGAUGAGCGGGUGCGUGCGGACAUGCCUGUGCGAGAGUGCGAGGACGUACAUCUGUGCUGUGCGUAUGGGGGGACAUGAGGGUGCCAGUGGGUAUGGGGGCAGCCCACGCCUAUCCACACCCCCCUACCCACGUUCGCUCAGGCGGCCUCGCGGUGCCCUCGCGUUGCGCACCCCCGGGCACCAAGCGGGUGACGAUGGAAAGGGUUGGGGCGGGGCACGAGCGGUUUAGUGACACGCCGGAGCUCCCCCGGUCCCAUCCUCGCCAGCUCCCCCUCCCCGCCUCCCUCCUCCCCCGGACUCACCUUCCGUGGCCACCGCCCCCGGCUGCCCCCGGCCUCGCUCUCCCCGGCUACCGU